AUGCGUAUUAACUAUGGUUUCGUUGCCGCUUCCAUGGCUCUUUUGUUUGUCUUGGAUUUCACCAACACCAACUCCGUCUCUGCAUCCUCUGCAGCUGAAGGAAGUCGCCUUACAAGAGUGAUUCGUCGUCGAUCUUUGAGUACUAGCUCCGUAGGCGAUAAUGAAGACUCUACCCAGGUUGCACCGUCAGAUAUACGUUCGGGCGCUCCUCUAUUAGGACUCUCUUCUGCUAUGAUGCAAAGAAUCUCAGUUGGUCUUGUUAGCACGAUUGCCAAAUAUUCAGAUGAUAUGGAAUCAGGAGUCGAAUUUCCAACUCAAGAAGAAAUGACACAAGCCGUCGAUCAAGCACUUUUAACUUCAGAUUAUACAAAUUUUUCUAAAGUUGCUCAGGCUAUUAAGAACUCUAUCGAUGGACUUGCUGAUCGUAAAGUGGCUGAAAGUGAAACUGGAAAGAGUCGUGCAUCCAAGGUCUCGAAAAACGUCAUAUCCAACCCAGCUGCUGCAUCAUCUGCCGACCAAAUCGCGACUGCUUUAUUAGACACGAUUCAUAUGUUCUGUGAACAAAAACUUGCGGGUGGUCGAUUACCAAACGCAUCUGAAGUUAACCAAGCAUUAACACCAGCUUUCCAAGAUAUAGACUUUGGUAAUGUUAAGAAAAGUACACGGGCUGUUAAGUUUGGUUUAGAUCAGAUGGGGCCUAGCAAAAACUCUGACGUUCACGUAGGACCUGUUAUUACUCAAACUAUUGUACCGGUCAGCUCGAGUAAAGCUUGA